AUGCACCCAAGACGAAACAUAAACGACACUUAUUCCGGCCCCGGAGAGAAGUAAGUUAAUGUGAGCUAACUUAUAAAGAGGACACAUUUGAGUGACUUUUACAUGAAUAUGAGUGACUUUUACACGAAUCUGAGUGACUUUUACAUGAAAUUCAUGCUUAAACGGCUGUGCUAUUUAACAAAAUAUAGCCUAAGACAAAAGGUAGGGUUGUGGAAAAGAAAUGUGAUGAUAAAUCAGAAAUAACUCCCCCUAUGAACUCUCACCCUCUCUUCUCUCAGCCCCCCCAUGUUCCUUCAGCGGUUGAGCUCCUCAUUCGUCCCCCGCAGUCGUCCUGCUUUCUGCAGGGCCAGCCUCAGGAGCAGUAGUGUCAGCCACACCUCCUCCGUCCGCUAUCCCCUCCCUCCUGGUCCUCGUCCACGGUGGCCACUGCAAGGAUAUCCCCCUUGGCCGCCUCGACUCCUCCACCCUCACCCUGCAGACCAUCAGGUUUGCUCUCAGAGGACGUUACACACCUCAGCAGGCCUCAGGAUGGAGCAGCAUGACAGAGACCGAGGGCCUCCAUACAAGAGGAGGAAGAGUACAGAGGAGAAGAGGAGCUCUGAAGGAAAGGAAGGAGGAGUCACAAGAGGCAAGGCUAAGGAUGGAGGUUCAAUAAGGGAGAAUCACAUCUACAACCAACAUUAUAACCGCUGUAAGGAUGCUGGGAAGGGAGUCAGCCAGGCUGGAGAAAGGAUCCAAACUGGGGAUAAACACAGUCAACAGAAGGGCAGUACCAGCCAAGAAGAAAGAGGAGGACAUCAGCGGGUACGACAGGGAGAUCCACAGCUGAAAGAAUACAGAACUCAACCCCCAAAGUCAAAACCUGAUCAGGAUAAAGCUCCUGCUCACAAACCAAACCCCUGGUUCAAAGAAAGUUGUGCAGAGGAGCGGAGAGCGAGUGAGGGGAGCCCUACAGGACCAGAGAGACAGUCCAGAGACGAAAGCAGAACUGGCUUCCCUCAAACCCCGUGUCAGGUAGCAGGAGCUCAGAGCGAGCCUCCUCCACCUGGAACCUGCUCACCUGACAGACAGCAGGAAGAAGUAAAACCGAUAAAAUGUAAGUUUAGUCUUUACUGACAUAUUGCAGCGGUUACAUAUUUUACCCGCUGCACACUGAGACGACUUUACAGUUCUGUUUUGAUAUUUACUGUUGAUGAUUGCAUAUGAAUAUGUUGUUGCCUGAGUUGGACAUUCACAGACAAUCAGCCCUCCAGUUUAGAUCGUAGAUUUGUGGAGGAUGGUCCUCACAAAGUCAAGUAGUUUCUUGAAUGAAUGAGAAACUCUGAGGCUCUGUGAACGACAAACUGACUGAAAGUGAUAAUAAAAAACUGUAACCUGUCCUCCUGACCUCUCUCAGCUCUUCAGAGACACUGGGAGGCCUCACCCAUCUGUAGUACAGACCCAGAACCACCAGGGUGCAGCACAGCGUUUGACUUCUCAGUCAUGUCCUACAACAUCCUGUCUCAGGACCUGCUGCAUGACAAUGCCUACCUGUACCGACACUGUCAGCCUGACGUACUGCCCUGGACCCGCCGACUGCCCAACCUGCUGGCUGAGAUCCAGGAGCACGAUGCUGAUGUGAGCAGAUUAGACCACCAGAAACUCUAGAUGACAUACUUAAGAAACCAAGAGCUGAAAUUUGAUGCAAAUCUCUUUUCUAGAUUCUGUGUCUCCAAGAGGUCCAAGAGAACCAUUAUGAGAACCAGAUCAAACCUGCUCUCCAAGCACUGGGUAGGAUCUUUAGGCAAACUGGGGUUCAGGUCUAAAAGUAGCGUUAGACUUAUUCAACAAAUGCGUUUGCACUCGUGUUCUUCCUUUUCUGAAGAGUCUGUGUGUUUCAGGUUACCAGUGUGAGUAUAAGAAGCGAACAGGAAUGAAACCAGAUGGCUGUGCCAUCAUCUUCAAAACCUCCCGCCUUUCGCUUCUCUCCUCCAAUCCCAUUGAGUAUUUCCGGCCUGGUGACACCCUCCUGGACCGGGACAACAUAGGAUUGGUUCUUCUUCUGCAGCCUAACAACUGCGAAGGCCAAUCAGAGUUGCCUACCCCCAUCUGCGUCGCAAACACUCACCUGCUCUACAACCCUCGGCGGGGUGACAUCAAACUGGCCCAGCUGGCGAUCCUAUUGGCUGAGAUAAACCGGCUGUCCUGCCAGCCAGAUGGGUUGACCAACCCGGUGGUUCUCUGUGGGGAUUUUAACUCCACCCCUGAGAGUCCGCUGUACAGAUUCCUGACCUCCGGCUUUCUGAUGUACAAAGGGAUGCAGGCCAGCAUGGUGAGACACUGAGACACCUGAAUGAUUUUAUAGUUAUUUAACCAUCAUAAUGGCUCCUUUAAAGCACCAAACGGUAACUUACAGUGUGUGUGUGUCUGUGUGUGUGUGUGUGUGUGUGUGUGUGUGUGCGUGUGCGUGUGCGUGUGCGUGUGCGUGUGCGCAGGUUUCUGGUCAGGAAAGCAUCCACAAAGGACAGCGUCUCCUCCUGUCUCCAAUCUGGUCUCACAGUUUAGGUAUCGACUAUCAGUGUCAGUACAACAAACCCACCUCUGAGUCCCCCAGCAGUCCUACAGGUACACUAACCUCCACUAAACCAUCCUCACAGAGACCUUUAUUAUUAUAGUUUUAUUAAGACCCUGGUUUACAAAACCAACAACGUUUGCUCUGUUUCUGUCCGCCAUGUUUACCUCUUGAACCCCUUGGUUGUUGUUGGCGCAUCACCUUUUGUGAUGCUGGUGGCACACCAAAUUGGACCGCAACUGAUAAGAAAAUCUGGUGUCCCAACAGUUGGAGCUGGUUCUCAUCUGGAACAGGCCCUCGAUCCCUGUCCCCCUUUUUAGUUGACUUCACAAAAAGUUCAGGCUUGAAAAUGAAAACUUGUUAGUCUCCUUCUGAAUCUGAAAAACUGGACUGAUUUCCUCCAAGCUCCAGUCAGACCAGCUUUGGUUCACCUGUACUGAUACAUGAAUGAUCCUUAUCUUGGUCCCUGUCUGUCUCUCUCUCUCUCUCUCUCUUUCUCUCAGCGGUUGAAGGAGCAAUCUCCAAUCUGACGGUAGAAGAUCUCGCCACCACCGCUGCAGCUGCUGCUUCUAACAAGUAAUGACUUUCUUUCUUUCUUUCUUCUUUUUUCUUUCUUUCUUUCUUUCUUUUUUCUUUCUUUCUUCCUUUUUCUUUCUUUCUUUCUUUCUUUUUUCCUCCUUUUUCUUUCUUUCUUUCUUUCUUUCUUUCUUUUUUCCUCCUUUUUCUUUCUUUCUUUCUUUCUUCUUUCUCUUUUCUUCUUUCUUUCUGUCUUUCUUUCUUUUUUCCUCCUUUUUCUUUCUUGCUUUUUUAAUUUUUUCUUUCUUCCUUUCUUUUUUCCUUCUUUCUCUUUCUUCUUUUUUUCUGUCUUUCUUUCCUCUCUCCUUUCUGUACAGGCACAGUCUGCAAUCUUUUAACACACACACGCUCUGACCCUGUGUGUGUGUGUGUGUGUGUGUGUGUGUGUGUGUGUGUGUGUGUUUCUUCAGGUGGAGGAUCGAGCACCCUCUGAAGCUGCAGUCGUCCUACCAGCACUUCCUGAUGCCUGAUGGGAGACCUGAGAUCACCACCUGUCACUCUCGCACAGCCAUGACUGUGGAUUACAUCCUGUACACACCUGGUACUGACACACACACACAAACACACACAAUCACUAAAUCCCCUGCCAGUCAAGGCUUACAGUCUGACCAAAGUUGUGAUUAAAUAAAAAAGAGAAAAAAAAUGACAAAAACCAAAAACAAGAAUCUGACGAACAUGUUUGUAAUUUAAACGUUAGUGAGGGUCAAAUUUACCAACAAACUGUUUUUCUGUGAUUUUUCUCUUCUUUUCUUCCUCCUGCUUCCUUCUCUGUUAUAAUAACCCUCUGCAAGAACUCACCACACCUCCUUCACUUCCUGGUGGGUGGGGCCUCCAGCUCCUGGGCAGGCUGUCAUUGGUCGGCAAGGCGGAGCUGAAGAAGGUGAACGGCCUCCCGAAUCGUCAUCACUCGUCUGAUCACCUCCCUCUGCUCUCUCGCUUUCGAUUACGGCGAUGA